AUGGAACAUGGGGAGAUGGGAAGGGGGAGGUUUACCGGCGAUGUGUUGCCGUGGGCACAAAAAAAUCUGGGGUUUCCGGUUGAAUUCGAAAGGAACUUUUCCAGCCCUUUCAAUUUUGCCUCCUACACCACCAUUUGCGCCCUCGAGACUAGUCAGCAAAAUAGGGCAAAAGGAAAAGCACCAAUGCGCGGGAAACGCAGGGUCCUUCUGUUUACAGGCGGCUGA